GACUCCGCCUCCGGUGCGCUUCACAUUACCGCCAGCACGCUUCACAGCAGUUUCAUUAAUUUACAGAGUUUGGCUCGCACACUUUAGCUCAACCUGACGUUUAAAAGCCAUCGCGUCUGGAGUACCAUCGGUGGUGGGAUGAGAAACAAAAGCGAAUGUCUCUGGUGUCAUAAUGUCACGGUGAUUUUGCGUUCUUACAUCGCUACAUUUAUAUACUGACGAUACACAUCAAAGCUUCGAAAUGGCGCGAAGCGGCGACGAGAAACAAGGCAAACUCGAUUUCGACGAAAGUCGGAUCGACUCCGGAAUCGACUCGUACAAAUCGAUAUCCAGAGAACAGGACGGGAGUUCAGACAGCUCUGAGGAUAAAGAUAAAAGCUGCGCUACAGACGAGAGACUGGACUCUGCUUACGUCUCUUCAUCGUUAACAGUGGACAGUUUGGGGGAUUUAAUCGAGAAAUGCAGCAUUUCUGAAUGUGAAAGCGCGACGGACUGUGAAUACACCGAAGAGGAAGUCAGUUUCUUAACCACUGUUACAGAAGAUGGAGACACGAUUCUCCAUUUGGCCAUAAUCCACGAAGAGGAAUGUUUUGCACGUCAAUUGAUAGACCUGUUUCCUCCAGAGCUGAUGGAUAUUCAGAACAACUUGUAUCAGGUAUCACGUUACGGAAUAAAUAAGCCUCUCCAUGUGGCGUGUGAGUACGGGUUCUGGGAUUGUGCCAAUGAGAUGAUCCACAACGCCUCGCCCAGCAAACUCGCCAACGUGCUGGAAGCACAGAACUGGAGAGGUCUGACGUGUCUCCACGUGGCUGUGCUGCACAAGCAUCAUCGUCUCCUGCGGCUGCUGAUGAAGAGCGCUGUGGAUCUGAACAUGCAGGAGGGGACGAGCGGGAAGACGGCGUUACACGUGGCGGUGGAGCUGCACGACGUGCCGGCGGUGAACCUGCUGCUCAACAAAGGGGCCAAUGUAGACGCCGCCAUGUUUAACGGCUGCACCGCGCUGCAUCUGGCUGUGGGCCGACAGGACGCCGCCAUCGCUAACCUCCUGUGCCAAGCUGGAGCUGACAAGAUGAUCAGAAACAUGGAGGACGAGACGGCCCUGGAUCUAGCCGACGGCAAUGAUGAUAUUUUGGCCUUGUUCCCCUUCGACGACAUUCAGAUCAUGGGCAGGACUGUCAUGAGCUUCUCCUGAACAUGUCCGUGGCAUGUUCUUCAGUUUUGAAAUUUUUUUUUUCAGUUUUGAAAAAAAUUGCAGGACUUUGGUCUUGAUGAUGUACAGCUUUUGGAAAGUGCGUCUGCGUGUAACCUCAUCUGUUUAUGUCCAGCGGAGAUCGGGCUGGUUGUGCCGCAGUAACAGCUUGGAGUCAGGGACAUGCGGACGUAACUCGUAUUGUAUGUAGUCUGUUGAAAAACCUUCAUGUCAAACAACACAAAUGCAUUCUGGUCUAUAAUUAGCGUUAUUUGAUGUUUUGUAGCAAUACAGUGCUGGUCUAAACAAGAUGAGCAAAUGAAACACUGCUUUGCAAACGUGUUUUCCAAAAAAAAA